CAUCAUUCUAAGAAUUCCCUUUGUACAGCCUUUUUAUUCUUUUUAAUAAAACAAUGGCUGCUCUUAAAGCUUUUCAUGUCUCCGAUGCGCCGAACCUUGAAAAAGCUUCCCUUUCUCUCUACUCCACCCGGUUUUCCAAUGGGGUGGAAUUGAACAGAGCAACAUCGUGUAGGAUACCCAACUUUUUGCUUAUAGGGCACAGAGGGCAUGGCAUGAACAUUUUACAAAGCUCUGAUUCAAGAAUGAAAGCCAUCAAAGAGAACUCUCUUCUCUCCUUCAACUCUGCUGCUAAAUUUCCCCUCGACUUCAUUGAAUUUGAUGUUCAGGUAACGAAGGAUGACUGCCCUGUCAUUUUCCAUGACGACGUUAUCCUCUCUGAAGAGAAUGGAACUGUGUUCGAGAAAAGAGUGACAGAAUUGUGUUUAGCAGAGUUCCUUUGCUACGGACCCCAGAAAGAAGCAGGGAAAGAAGGGAAGUGUUUAUAUAGGAAAACAAAGGAUGGGAAAUUUGAGAAGUGGAAUGUUGAAACUGAUGAUUCACUUUGUACAUUGCAAGAAGCUUUUGUCAAAGUGGAGCCUUCUUUAGGUUUCAAUAUUGAGUUGAAAUUUGAUGACUACAAGGUUUAUCAGCAAGACCAUCUCACCCGCAUUCUCCAAGUUAUAUUACAGGUGGUGUUUGAGUUUGCCAGAGAUAGGCCAAUAAUCUUCUCUACUUUUCAGCCUGAUGCAGCUCAACUUGUUAGGAAGCUGCAGAACAACUAUCCUGUCCACUUUUUAACAGAAGGCGGGACCAAAACUUACUAUGAUGUUCGGAGGAAUUCGCUGGAGGAGGCCAUGAAGGUGUGUUUGGAAGGUAGUUUACAAGGGAUUGUUUCGGAGAUCAAAGGAGUGUUUAAAGAUCCUGGCGCAGUGUCUAAGAUCAAACGCUCUAAUCUCUCUCUCCUCACUUAUGGCAAACUGAACAAUGUGCCUGAGGCUGUUUACAUGCAGUAUUUAAUGGGAAUCGAUGGAGUGAUCUUCGAUUUUGUUGAAGAGAUCUCACGGACGGUGGUGGACAGCAUGAUUAAGCCGGACGAAGCGAUUAUCGGAGAAGAGAGUUUGAGUGAGGCAAAUUCAAAGCUUGAAUUCACAGAGAAAGAGCUCUCCUUUCUGUUAAAGCUCAUCCCAGAGUUGAUACAACAGCACAAGUCUUGCCCUUAACCACAUUGUUUUGCCCAUUUCAUACCC